AUGGAUGCUGCCUCUUCCCCAGAGGACAGAGCCUUCCCUUCUCUGCCAGAACCACCACCACCCCUUCCCUCAGGUUGGUGAGAGUUCUUUGACUACCCAGAGGCCGCCACCCUGGACCUUGCCCGCUGUUCUCGCCUGUUCUUGGCUUCCCACCUGCAAUGUUCAGAGCCAGGGACGGAGGCUGCCUUUCAUAGCCGUUAUGCUGAGCUCUUCCUUUAUCUACACUUCAAAGUCGAGGUGGUUCAGGCCUCAGGCUCGCCCUCCCCAUCUGUCUUGGCUCCAUCAAAUCCUGGUGUGGAAAUCCCACCACCCCACGACCUGGCCCUCGAGAGCUGCGGGGUGGGUGGGCCCCUGCCAGCGUUGGGCCCUUCUCCAUCUUCUGAGGACCUGGCCGUCCGUCCUCCCUUGGCCUCUUCCUCCAUAACAUCCUCAGAGCUCAAGAAUCGCUUCUCCCUCCAUUCCCUGGGUCUUGCCCUCAGAGGUUCCAUCCAAGGUGUCCUGCGGAGGCGGAGGCAGGGGGACAUGGAUUCUCCCUCCCAACCUGUGCCACUGGAGACUUCGUUGGGCCCUCCAGUUCUAGCUGACAGAAGCCACUCAGACCGGCUUUAUGAGUCCUUCUCCCUUACUUCUGCCUCCAUCGCUGCUGCCUCCCAUUUCAAUUCGACAGAACUGCUUUCUCCAGAAUUGCCCCCUCGGAUCACCAUAGAGGAGGGGCCUCCAGCAGGGGGAGUUCAUCCCCUCUUUACCCCCUGCUCUCCCCUCCCCCAAUACACUCCAGAAUCGUCCACAGGGUCAUUCCUGUCCCAAGGGGAGUCUGAGGGGGAUUACGGGGAUCAGCCCCUCGCAAGCUGUCCUUGGUUCCAUGGCAAGCUCUGUCGAAGUGAAACUGCCCAGUUAGUGUUAGAAAGAGACGCCUGCUACCACGGUCUCUUCUUGAUAUGCCACAGUGCGUUAUUUUGUGGUAAAUACAUCCUCACUGUCAACGCCCACAGCAAGGCAAAGCACCUGCUUGUGGAACUAACUGAGAAGGGUCACUGCCAGGUCCAACGUGUGUGGUUCCUGUCCAUUUUCGAUAUGAUUCAGUACUUCCGAAAGACCCCCAUCCCUAUGGGGUCUGGAGGCCCCAGCAACAUCGUCCUCAUCAACUAUGUGGUCUCCUGGAGGUGGCAGUGGCUGUGCCGGGGUGGGCAGAGCAGGUUUGUGAGGGAGAUGGUGCCAGUGCCCCCAAGAAGUAAUGGAAUGACUGCCAGUAAAAUAGUUCAAGUCGCAAUAGUAUUUGGUGCAAAAAUAUUAGACUAUGUCUUCAACCUGUGUGAAGGUAAAUUUGACUACCUGGAGCGGCUUUCCAACAAGCUGCUGCUGAAGAUCAUCCACUACCUGGACCUGGAAGAUAUUGCCAGGCUCUCUCAGACAUCAAGCAAGUUUGAGAAGGCCAUUUUGGUGGAUGCUCUGUUGCUGUCUUUCUACCCCAAGCUGAUGAGAGAAACCCAGGCUCUCGGCAGCCUCGGUCUUCAGUGGCAUGUGCUUAGACACAGCUGA